UCCGCUACGGUCGCCGCUUCUGAUGCGCCGCCUGCCCGCUCUCGGCCCCGCGGCUCCGGGAGAAUGUGGGUCCUCGGCAUCGCGGCAACUUUUUGCGGAUUGUUCUUGCUUCCAGGUUUUGCCCUGCAAAUCCAAUGCUAUCAGUGUGAAGAAUUCCAGCUGAACAACGACUGCUCCUCCCCCGAGUUCAUCGUGAACUGCACGGUGAACGUUCAAGACAUGUGUCAGAAAGAAGUGAUGGAGCAAAGUGCGGGGAUCAUGUACCGCAAGUCGUGUGCAUCCUCAGCAGCCUGUCUCAUCGCCUCGGCCGGGUACCAGUCCUUCUGCUCCCCAGGGAAACUGAACUCAGUGUGCAUCAGCUGCUGCAACACUCCUCUUUGCAACGGGCCAAGGCCCAAGAAAAGGGGCAGUUCUGCCUUGACCCUCAGGCCGGGGCUCCCCACCACUGUCCUGCUCCUCAAAUUAGCCCUCUUCUUGGCACACUGCUGAAGCUGCAAGAGUCGCCACUCCCUCCUGCACUGUCCUUCCGGCCUCACUCCCCCACCUCCCCAAGUUUCUUCUGGGUGUCCUUAUAUUCUGGGUAGGGAGGGGAGUCUGUUCUCUUUUUGUUCCUUUGCAAAUAACGAAAGAGCUCCUUGUAAAACAUUUUUGUAAGCUCUGAAUAAAUUCAGUCUGACUGAA